CCCCCAGAUUCGCACCGCCAGCCGCCGGGGAGCUCGGGGCUCCAGGCGUAGAGGCUGCGCUGUCACAUGGGCGGCGGCGACGGGGCCGCAUUUAAGCGGCCGGGGGACGGCGCCCGCCUCCAGCGCGUCCUCGGGCUCGGCUCCCGCCGGGCGCCCCGCUCUCUGCCCGCCGGGGGCCCAGCGCCGCGCCGCACCGCGCCGCCCCCGCCGGGCCAUGCGAGCGCGGGCCCCGCCGCGAUGAGCUCGCACAUCGCUAAAAGCGAGUCCAAGACGUCGCUGCUGAAGGCGGCGGCGGCGAGCGGGGGCAGCCGGGCUCCCCGCCACGGCCCUGCCCGGGAGCCAGUGCUGUCCAGCCGCCGGCUGCCCGGCCCCUGCCCGGGCACGCCGCCGCCGUCCGGGGACCCCAGUUCGCGGAGGCCCCUGUGCCGGCCGGCGCCGCGAGAGGAGGGCGCGAGGGGGAGCCGGCGCGGGCUCCCCCAGGCGCACUGCAGGCCCCGGGAGGCGCCGCCGGCCGCGGCGUCCCGACCUUCGCCGCCGUCGCCGCUGCCGCCGGCCCGCGGGCGGGAUGGGGAGGAACGGGGGCUGUCCCCGGCGCUCGGCCUCCGGGGCUCUCUGCGAGCCCCGGGUCGCGGGGACUCAGCUCCAGCCGCCGCGUCCGAGGCAGACCCGUUCCUCCACCAGCUGCGCCCCAUGCUCAGCUCCGCCUUCGGCCAGGACAGAUCACUGCGGCCAGAGGAGAUUGAAGAGCUCCGGGAGGCCUUCAGAGAGUUUGACAAAGACAAGGACGGCUACAUCAACUGCCGGGACCUGGGCAACUGCAUGCGCACCAUGGGCUACAUGCCUACCGAGAUGGAGCUUAUCGAGCUGUCUCAGCAGAUCAACAUGAACCUGGGUGGCCAUGUGGAUUUUGAUGACUUUGUGGAGCUAAUGGGACCUAAACUCCUGGCGGAGACGGCAGAUAUGAUUGGAGUAAAGGAACUGCGAGAUGCCUUCCGAGAGUUUGACACCAAUGGUGAUGGGGAGAUAAGUACCAGUGAGUUACGAGAGGCCAUGAGGAAACUCCUGGGUCAUCAGGUGGGACACCGAGACAUAGAGGAAAUUAUCCGAGAUGUGGACCUCAAUGGGGAUGGACGAGUGGACUUUGAAGAGUUUGUCCGGAUGAUGUCCCGCUGAGGCCGCCAGGGCCCCUCCAGGACUGCCAAGCUCCACGGGCGGGGAGAAGAGAAACCGGAGCUCGCCUCAUCCCGCCGCCGCCGCCGCCGCCGCCGCCGCCCACAGCCCGGGACGUACUGGCGGAUGGGGCCUGCCUGCACCCCGGGGAGGUGCCCACCCCGGACCCCCGCCCCUCCGCACUGUGAAAGACUCACGACUCCUGCAACUGGAAAGGGGGGCGCCCGCCGACGAGGAGGCCACCGCGCCAGGCUGGCGGAAGUCAGGCCGGGCGCCGAGUGCCAUAGACCCAGCCGCUGCUGGCUGGGGGCGCCCCACACAGCAUGUCUGCCCUCCGGGGCAGAGCCUCUCGCCGCCCUCCUUAGCUCUGUGCCCGUCCCCCCUCGCCUCAGCCCUGUUAUCUCAGAACCAAUAAAAAUAUUUCCAAGAG